UGCGUCAGAUUCUGGGAAGCUGUCGGCGCGGCCGCGAGUGCGGCAUUCCAACGAUGGCAGGUUCCUCCGCGGAGCACGCUCCCGACUACAGGUCCGUCCUGAGCAUUAGUGACGAGGCAGCCAGGGUGCGGGCCCUGAACGAGCACCUGAGCACGCGUAGCUAUGUCCAGGGCUUCUCCCUGUCCCAGGCGGACGUGGACGCGUUCAGGCAGCUCUCAGGCCCUCCUGCCGACGCGCAGCUCUUCCACGUGGCUCGGUGGUUCAGGCACGUGGCCGCGAUCCUGGGCAGCCCCCGCGCCCCAGCCCCGCCCUGUGGGCUCCAAGCAAGCAGAGGCCGGCGCACGCAGCCCCCGUGGUCUCCUCCAGCCGGGUCCGAGCCGUGCCAGCUCCGCCUGUACAACAGCCUGACCCGGAGGAAGGACGUGUUUGUACCUCAAGACGGGCGGAGGGUGACGUGGUACUGCUGCGGGCCCACCGUCUACGACGCCUCCCACAUGGGGCACGCCAGGUCCUACAUCUCCUUCGAUAUCUUGAGAAGAGUGCUGAGAGAUUACUUCAAAUUUGACGUCUUUUAUUGCAUGAACAUCACAGACAUUGAUGAUAAGAUCAUCAAGAGGGCCCGGCAGAACUACUUGUUUGAGCAGUACCGGGAGAAGCAGCCCCAGGCAGUGCAGCUCCUGGAGGACGUGCACGCUGCCCUGCAGCCGUUUUCAGCAAAGUUACGCGAGACCUCGGAUCCCGACAAGAGGCAGAUGCUGGAGCGCCUGGAGCGCGCCGUGAGGCUGGCGGCGGAGCCGCUGGAGGAGCCGGCGCGGCGCGGCCUGGCGGGGGAGGAGCUGGACGGCCGCGUGCAGGUGCUGUUGGAAGAAGCAAAGGACCUGCUUUCUGACUGGCUGGAUUCCAUGCAUGGCAGUGAAGUGAGCGACAAUUCUAUUUUCUCCAAACUGCCCAAGUUCUGGGAAGCGGAGUUCCACAAAGACAUGGAAGCCCUGAACGUCCUCCCUCCAGAUGUCCUAACCCGCGUUAGUGAGUACGUGCCGGAGAUCGUGGACUUCGUCCGGAAGAUUGUGGACAACGGUUAUGGCUACGUUUCAAACGGGUCCGUCUACUUCGACACGGUGAAGUUUGCCAACAGUGAGGGACACUGCUACGGGAAGCUGGUGCCUGAGGCCAUCGGGGAUCAGAAAGCCCUGCAGGAGGGGGAAGGCGACCUGAGCGUCUCGGCCGAGCGCCUGAGUGAGAAGCGGUCCCCCAGCGACUUCGCCCUCUGGAAGGCCUCCAAGCCCGGGGAGCCAUCCUGGCCGUGCCCCUGGGGAAAGGGGCGUCCAGGGUGGCACAUCGAGUGCUCGGCCAUGGCAGGCACCCUCCUCGGAGCCUCAAUGGACCUUCACGGAGGGGGCUUCGACCUCCGCUUCCCCCACCAUGACAAUGAGCUGGCGCAGUCGGAGGCCUACUUUGAAAACGACUGCUGGGUCAGGUACUUCCUGCACACGGGCCACCUGACCAUCGCCGGCUGCAAGAUGUCCAAGUCGCUCAAGAACUUCAUCACCAUUAAAGACGCGCUGAAGAAGCACUCAGCCCGGCAGCUGCGCCUGGCCUUCCUCAUGCACUCGUGGAAGGACGCGCUGGACUACUCGGCCAACACCAUGGAGUCGGCGCUGCAGUACGAGAAGCUCCUGAACGAGUUUUUCUUAAACGUGAAAGACCUCCUCCGAGCCCCCGUUGAGGUAGCCGGUCAGUUUGAGAAGUGGGAAGACAAGGAAACAGAGCUGAACAAGAGCUUUUACGAUAAGAAGGCCGCGGUUCACGAGGCGCUCUGUGAUAACGUCGACACGCGCACCGUCCUGGAGGAGAUGCGGGCUCUGGUCGGCCAGUGCAACCACUACAUGGCAGCGCGGAAGGCCGCCAGGAGGAGGCCCAACCGCGCCCUGCUGGAGAGCAUCGCCCGGUACCUCACGCACAUGCUGAAGAUCUUCGGGGCCAUAGAAGAGGAAAGCUCCCUGGGUUUCCCCGUUGGAGGACCUGGAACCAGCCUCAAUCUCGAGCCCACAGUCAUGCCGUACCUGCAGGUGUUGUCGGAGUUCCGGGAAGGAGUGCGAAGGGUCGCCCGUGAGCACAGAGUCCCCGAGGUCCUGCAGCUCAGCGAUGCCUUGCGGGACGACAUCCUGCCUGAGCUGGGGGUGCGGUUUGAAGACCAUGAAGGACUGCCCACUGUGGUCAAGUUGGUGGACAGAGAUACCUUACUGAGAGAGAGAGAAGAGAAGAAAAGGGCUGAAGAAGAAAAGAGAAGGAAGAAAGAGGAGGCCGCCAGGAAGAGACAAGAGCAGGAAGCGGCAAGGCUGGCCAAGAUGAAGGUUCCGCCCAGCGAGAUGUUCUUGUCAGAAAGCGACAAGUAUUCCAAGUUCGAUGAAAACGGUCUGCCCACACACGACACGGAAGGCAAAGAGCUGAGCAAAGGGCAGGCCAAGAAGCUGAAGAAGCUCUUCGAGGCCCAGGAAAAGCUGCACCAGGAAUACCUGCAGCUGGUUCAGAAUGGAAGCAUCCCGUGAAGGUGGGGCCGAGGCUCCACACCGCCCCGGGGGCACCAGCUCCCCGCCCCGGGGACUCUGCCGCCCGCGCUCGGGGCCUAAGUUAAGGGUUCUGUCCGGAGAGGGCUGGGCCACCUCCGGCUCUGAAACGUCAGCAAUAAAGUCUUCCCAACGCGAGGCCGGGCUCUGUCUGCCGUCACCCUGCAUGGUCAGCGCACGAGGGGGCCCGGCCGGGCUGCGUGGUCAGCAGGUCACGACACGGGAGCUCAGGCCACUGAGCGGCUGCAGCUGAGGACUGUCCCCCCCCGCCCCUGCCCCCGUGCAGAUGGCUAUCGGCUAAUCUCUGGUGUGUAGGCGCAUUAGGAGGCAUUUGAGUAGGAAAAAGACAGGCUCAAGCUGGCAGAGCCCGCUGGCGCCUCGCACAAAGGCUGCUCGGCCGGGUGCCCGGGUCCUGCUGGGUCAGCUCGGCGCCCUGUCUCCGCAGCGAUUCCGCGGGCGGGCGGGCCGGCUCAGCACGGCUGGCGAUGAGAUGGGAGGAGGGGGGAAUCUCAGCAGCACAGGGCAGCGAUGUCCCCAGGUCCCAGCCAGGCGAGCGUGUCCUCACCAGCCUGCUCUCGCAUUCUUACUCCCGGGGCUGAGAAUCCCCACCUGAGCUCCAGGCCUGGAUGGAGCAGGGUGGCAGCGAGCCGGGAUCGGCUCCACCUGCAGAAGCGCGGGGCCAGGUCAGAUCCGCGAGAACCGGCGAUGGAGCCCUCGGGGCUGGGAGACGACAUCCAGGUCUCGCUCGCGGCGAUGGCGAGGCAGGGGGCUGGGGUCGGGGUUGGCACUGUCCAGUGGUGGCCACGCUCACCCUUCACCCCCGUGGCCCGCUCGUAGGAGCAUCACCCCCAGAGCAGGCGGGGAGCAGCCUGCUGGCCGGUGCCGGCUGCUCUGGGGGGCUCCCACCCACCCAGCCACACGUGGAGCACGACAGCUGUGACCCCACGAGGACAGGCCCUGCAUAUGUUCGACUUUUGAACCUUGUAAAUGUUCUACGUUAAAAAAAAUAAGCCAGUAAGAAAAAAGGCCCCAAAACGAAGUGGAGCAAACCCAGGGCAGUUAUACACCUAACAAGUCACCCCAGCAUUUAGUGCCUGAAGUGACAAUGACCUUAUUAUUGACCCUGGGGGUUCCAGGUUGACCGGCUCCUCUGGGCGGGUUUGAGUCAGGGCCCCACACCGGGUGCGGUCAGAGGGCGGGGGGUCUGCGUGCUCAUGCCCGGGUCCUGGGCGGGGGAUGCUGGGCUGUGGCCUCCAGGUCGGCAGCCUCUGCGGGUCCCAGGAGAGUUGGGCACCACGUGCCCUUUGGGAUCUAACCUCAGAGGUCACGCGGACCCCCUCCAUCCUCCCUGAGGGGAGGCUGCCCCAGGGCCCACCUGCAGGCCCCUCCCUGUGGCGGCAGUGGCAGGGGCCGGAAAGCGUGGCAGCUGUUUAGGGAAGCGCCACCUGCUGCAAAACCGCAAUCAAACCGGUGAGAAAAGGGCCCCUUUGGUUGGUUUGAGGACCUGCCGCUUCGCUGCACAUCUUCCGGAGGGUGUGUCCUGAGGCCAAAGCCAUGCAGAGAAGUCAAACUUGGUUCCAUUGUUGUGUCGCUGGGCAUGGUGCUGGCGUGGUCGUCACCCUCCGCUCUGUGUGGGCAGUGGACACGUGCCUCGACAUCAGCAGCCCCGCAUUCAUCCAUCGUGAGGAAAAGCACCAGAGGAUCACGUGCUGUUAAACACGAACGGAGGAGACAACGGAGGAACUGACGCUUGACUUGUAAACAGUAGGUAUUUCCCGGCCAUGCAGGCUGAGAGGGGACCACCCCGGUGGCCACGAGCUCCCCCAGGGCCAGCUUCCAGGCUCUGAGUGCCAUCCCCUCUCCUGGGAGAAGCGGCCAAUUCCAGGCCGAGGGCGAGCGCACGUGGAGGCCCAGGGCAUCCCGGUACCCUGAGGGGAAGCGUCCCAGACGGAGGGGUUGUGUCAGAAGGACGCGGGACAGACCAGGAACACACACAGCAGCCAGGAGAGUCUCCAGGGCAUCGGGGCAGAGGGUCACGCGCAGUGAGAUUCCAGUGAGAUGACUCGAGGGGACAGAACUAGAGAGAGUGGCGUAGCGGUGCCAGGGGCUGGGUGGGGGCUGACUAGGGACAGUCCGGACCCUUCACCCUUCGACCGCAGUGGUGGCUGAGGAAUCUACGCCCAUGGCCACGUGACACCAGGGCUGGUGUCCCAGGGUUCAUCUUUGGCAAGAUGUAGCUGUCAGGAAACCAUGUGAAGGGCACAGGGACCCCUCUGCUGCAGCUUCCCGGGAACCUUUCAUGAUUUCAAAGUAAAAAGCCUCAGGAGCUUCCCCCGGCUGAGUCUGUGAAAACUGGAGCCCUGAAAAGCAGGGGUCAUUGAAAUCCAGGCAUCCACACUUAUUCUCAAAAGCAAAGAAGACCAAGACAUAAGAACUUGUCACCACUGGAGGUGACACCUG